AUGGCUUCAUUGGACGAAGAUCUUUCGAAAGACGCGAGGACAGUGACAUUCUUAGCCAAGACUUCUACCGUGUCGUGGCAGAUAUGGAAGGAGACUGAGCCAGAGCUUUAUUGGUACUUGGAAAAACACUAUAAAGCAUACCGAGCAUCGAUAAAGCUCACAGCAGACGAGAAAGUCUAUGUCAUUGAAACCGAAAUGCCCAAUGAUCAGGUUGGGAAAUUCCAGAAGGCUUUUAACGCUGGAUUGAUUGCUACGGAGCUUGAUCGUAUGCAUGGUCUUGAUCCUACUGUUCGACAAAAGGAUGCCAAACUGACCAGAUUGAACGUAACGGCUGGAACAGUGCUGCCUUCCAAUCUCGACAAGAGCUCAAUUACUGCUCUUGAGCAGAGAUUGCUUGAACUCGAGCUACAUGAGAGGGCUCGGUCUAUAGAUAUUCGAGCCAUCAUGGAAAAGAUGCAAACCUUGCAAUUGGAUAUGUUUAAGAAGCUAGAGGCUAUGGAUAAGAAGGUUGAUCAAAAUGCUCAUGAAUUGUCUUGGAAGUGCGAGAAGAGUGAGGCUGCUCUCAAGAAGGUAGAUACGGAAGCUUAA